AUGCCGCUCCGCCCCGGCUCGCUGGUCCCAGAAGGCGCCGGGUUUCCCAAGAUGGCGGCCGACGUGUCCGUUACUCACCGGCCCCCGCUGAGCCCGGAGGCUGAGGCCGAGGCUGAGGCCGGCGAUGCUUUGGAGCGCCGAGUGCCCGAGGAGGAUCUACCUCCGCUAGAUCCGGAGGAGAUCCGGAAACGCCUGGAGCACACCGAGCGCCAGUUCCGUAACCGCCGCAAGAUACUGAUACGGGGCCUCCCGGGGGACGUGACCAACCAGGAAGUACAUGACCUGCUCAGCGACUAUGAGCUCAAGUACUGUUUUGUGGACAAAUACAAAGGGACAGCCUUUGUGACGCUGCUGAAUGGGGAGCAGGCUGAAGCAGCCAUCAGCGCCUUCCACCAGAGCCGCCUACGGGACCGCGAGCUGUCGGUGCAGCUGCAGCCCACGGACGCGCUGCUCUGUGUGGCCAACCUGCCCCCCAGCCUCACGCAGCAGCAGUUCGAGGAGCUGGUACGGCCCUUUGGCAGCCUGGAGCGUUGCUUCCUGGUCUACAGUGAGCACACUGGCCAUUCCAAGGGCUAUGGUUUUGCUGAGUACAUGAAGAAGGACUCAGCGGCCCGUGCCAAGUCGGACCUGCUGGGCAAGCCGCUGGGCCCGCGUACUCUCUACGUGCACUGGACAGACGCCGGGCAGCUGACACCCUGCCUGCUUCACUCUCGCUGCCUCUGUGUCGACCACCUGCCACCUGGCUUCAGUGACGUAGACGCCCUACGUAGGGCACUCUCAGCUGUCCACACACCUACCUUUUGCCAGCUGGCGUAUGGCCAGGACGGGCAGCUGAAGGGCUUUGCUGUGCUGGAGUACGAGACGGCAGAGAUGGCCGAGGAGGCUCAGCAGCAGGCGGAUGGGCUGGCCCUGGGGGGCAGCCACCUGCGGGUCUCCUUCUGUGCCCCCGGGCCCCCUGGCCGCAGCAUGCUGGCUGCGCUCAUCGCCGCCCAGGCCACGGCCCUCAAUCGGGGCAAGGGACUCCUGCCUGAGCCCAACAUUCUGCAGCUGCUCAACAACCUGGGGCCGUCUGCUUCCCUUCAGCUGCUGCUGAACCCCCUGCUCCACGGCAACACGGGGGGCAAGCAGGGCCUUUUAGGCGCACCCCCAACCAUGCCGCUGCUGAAUGGACCAGCUCUGUCCACAGCGCUGCUGCAGCUGGCCCUGCAGGCCCAGGGUCAGAAGAAGCCUGGCAUCCUGGGAGACUCUCCCUUGGGCCCCCUCCAGCCUGGAGCCCAGCCGGCCAACCCACUCCUCGGGGAGCUGUCUACAGCAGGAGGCCUGCCCCCAGACCUGCCACCUCGGCGAGGGAAGCCACCACCCCUGUUGCCACCGCUGCUUGGCCCCUCUGGAAGUGACCGGGAGGCCAUGGGCCUGGGGCCCCCAGCAGCCCAGCUCACUCCACCCGCUGCCCCCACAGGGCUCCGAGGCACUGGCCUCAGAGGCCUCCAGAAAGAUAGUGGGCCUCUGCCAACACCCCCUGGGGUCUCGCUGCUGGGGGAGCCCCCUAAGGACUUCCGGAUCCCUCUGAAUCCUUAUCUGAACCUACACAGCCUGCUCCCGGCCAGCAAUCUGGCGGGUAAGGAGGCCCGGGGCUGGGGGGGCGCUGGGAGGAGCCGCCGCCCAGCUGAGGGUCCCCUGCCUACCCCCCCAGCCCCUGGAGGCGGCAGUGGUGGAGGCGGCGGCGGCAGCAAAGCCUUCCAGCUCAAGUCCCGCCUGCUCAGCCCCCUCACCAGUGCCCGCCUGCCCCCUGAGCCCGGGCUGCCUGACAGCUACAGCUUUGACUACUCGGACGUGGGACCUCGGCGGCUUUUCUCCCACCCACGGGAGCCUGCCCUUGGGCCCCAUGGACCGAGCCGACUCAAGAUGUCCCCCCCACCCAGUGGUUUCGGUGACCGGAGUGGUGGGGGACCCCUCUGUCACUUCUAUUCGGGCUCACCCACUUCCUACUUCACCAGCGGCCUACAGGCUGGCCUUAAGCAGAGCCACCUCAACAAGGCAGUUGGCUCCUCUCCUCUGGGCUCCGGGGAAGGGCUCCUGGGCCUCAGCCCUGGGCCUAAUGGCCACAGCCACCUGCUGAAGACCCCACUGGGUGGCCAGAAACGCAGUUUUGCCCACCUGCUGCCCUCACCCGAGCCCAGCCCAGAAGGCAGCUACGUGGGCCAACACUCCCAGGGCCUUGGUGGCCACUACGCGGACUCCUACCUGAAGCGGAAGCGGAUUUUCUAA